AACAAUGGCAACGUGAUCGAUACGACGUAGUUUACGAAUAGAAACAAAUCAUAUGACAGCGUAGGCCGAAAGGAAACAAAACCGCUGCGCUCAUUUGAAAUCCAGAAACCGAAAGCCCGAAAACUCUCUCCCAGUCUCUUAGUGAGGAAAAUCCGUCUCUUGCGGCAUAAGAUUCUGCGUUCCAGCCAUAGCCAUUUCUCCAUUCAGCGUUUUCCUCCCAUUGAAAAUUUUCAUCUCAGAAUGGUUGGGUGAUUGCCCUUGCAGAAGCUAGGGCUGCUUGGCAGAGGACAGCCAACAGAUGUUUGGCCCCAAGAAAAAGAUGCUAAAAGAGCUUCCAAAUUAGCUUGCCCACCAGUGCCCCUUCACGAUAAACAAACCAUUUCCAAUCCUACUAGUGCAUUUGCAGCCCAAUAUAUUGCUGACACAGCCUCUAUUGUGAAACCUCCGUAAUCCAAUUUCUCUCCGAAUUUCAAGAUGGUGGCUACAGCUUCAACCAUAUAGCCAGUAUCUGAAUGUGUCGAUGGAUGAACAUUAUUUUCUUGUUGAAGGCCAUGAUCUGGAUUCUCAAGAAUGUAAAGUCAAAGAGGAAUUUGAAGAACUAAAAGUUGAUGUUUGUUUUGGUUGUGAGGUCUCGAAGAACGAAAACGAGAUUUAUUUUGAGUCCGAGUCAGCUUGGGUAGGGGCUGAGGGAAAUAAUACUCCAUGGUGGAGGACAGUGGAUACAGAUGAAUUGGCUUCUUUUGUUGCACGGAGAUCGCUCGAUUGCAUAGAGAACUGUGACCUACCAAGGCCUCUGAACACCGGUGUCAAGAAGGAUACUGCAUGCAGUUUUGGUGGUGAUGAGAUUUCUACCUAUAGUCACCAUUCCAACACUCAUCCUCAUACUCGAGCAAGUUCUUGCCGAAACUUAGGUUUAUGGGACGAGGUUGAACGGGUGUCUGAUGCGGAUAAGUCAUUAAGGGAUAUUCAAACCCAUGAGUUGCAUUUGCUUGAUAAUAACACGACCAAAGUCCAACUAAUGAAAGCACUACGCCACUCUCAGUCGCGCGCUCGAGAAGCUGAAAAGGAAGCAAAAUUGGCCCUUAGAGAUAACGAGAAUGUGGUGAAGCUCGUAUUCAUGCAGGCAUCUCACCUGUUUGCCUAUAAACAGUGGCUCCGCUUGCUGCAACUCGAGAACAUGUACCUGCAGUUCAUGAACAUCACAGGUCGAGAGUCUGUCUCCAUCAUAUUACCUCAAACGCAAAGGAGUGGGAAAAUACAGGAAAGCUUGCGCAAGUCUUCCAGUAAAAAAAGGUCCAAAAGCUCUUGUUCAGGAUGUGAGUUUAGGAAAUAUGGCGUUGUUUUUGCAUUAGGGUUUGGGCUGGCUGGUGCAGGGUUUUUUCUGGGUUGGUCAGUGGGUUGGAUUUCUCCAGUCUGGUGAAUCAGUUACUUCAUGUCUUGUGGUUUGUGUUUGUUAUAACCGUAGUUUGGUAUCUUUCUUGUACGUGUAAGUCAUGCUGAAACUUUUCUUUGUUUCUUUUUGUUUGUUUGCAAUCUUUCUGGUACAUAUAUAAGUAAUGCUGGAACUUUUAUAUUUUCU